AUGAAAACAGUAUUCGUCACAGGAGCAACCGGCACAAUAGGCAGUGUCACAGUUGAUGAGUUGCUAAAGAAGGGUUACAAGGUGAUUGGAUUGGCCAAAUCUGAAGGUUCUGCAGACAAGCUUAGGGCAAAAGGAUGUGGUGUUAUCAUGGGUGAUCUAAAUGACAAGGAUGCACUAAGAAAAGGAGCAACCGAGGCAGACGGUGUUAUACACUUAGCAUUUAUUCCGGACUACGAACACAUGGAUCGAUGCCUUAAAGUGGAUAAGCAGGCGAGUGCAGUUAUGCUUGAGGCAAUGAAGGGCACAGACAAGCCGUUUGUGAAUAUUGUUGGCACAUUAGUUUUGUCCAACGAGUCAGGAAAACCUUCUGAUGAAAAUACUCCAUACUCCAAGGCAUCAGGAUUUGGCGAAAGGGCAAUUAACGAGCAGGCAGCACUUGAUUUCGCCAAGCAGGGUGUCAGAGCCAUGUCUGUCAGAUUUCCACCCACUGUCCAUGGUAAGGGAGACACCCGUGCAUGGAUUCCCGUCCUUGUCAAAUCUUGCCAUGAUAACGGAGUCUCGAUCUAUAUCGGAAAAGGAGAGAACAGAUGGCCUGCUGUGAACCUCGAGGAUGCGGCAAACUUCUUGGUUCUUGCACUUGAGAAUGGAAAACCAGGUAAAAAGUACAACUGCAUCGGUGAAACUGGCAUUCCUUUCAAGAACAUUGCUGUGGCAAUCGCUUCAAAGCAGAUUCUUCCAAUAAAAACAAUGCGUGUUGAGGAAGCCUCCAAGUAUUUGGGAUUCUUGGCUUAUGUCAUGGCUAUGGACUGCCCAACAUUGUCGGAUAUAUCACAGAAGGAACUUGGAUGGACUCCUACCCAUAAUACCUUGGAGCAGGACAUUGCAGAUUACUACUAA